CCGCCGCUGCCCACGAUGGUGGGCAGGCUACUGGGCAGCAGCAGCGGGACCCGCGGAGGCACUCUGUCGGGCGCCUGGCUGUGCCUGAUGGCGCUGCUGCAGCUGCUGGGCUGGACGCCGCCGGGCUCCGGACUAGCUCACGGCCGCCGCCUCAUCUGCUGGCAGGCGCUGCUGCAGUGCCAGGGGGAGCCGGAGUGCAGCUACGCUUACAGCCAGUACGCCGAGGCGUGUGCACCGAUACUGGCGCAGCGCGGGGGCGACGUGCCGGGGGCCGCCUUUGCCGCUGCUUCGCCGCGCUGGCGCUGCCCGAGUCACUGCAUCUCCGCGCUCAUUCAGCUCAAUCACACGCGCCGCGGACCAGCGCUCGAGGACUGUGACUGCGCGCAGGACGAGAACUGCAAGUCCACCAAGCGCGCCAUAGAGCCUUGCUUGCCGCGGACGAGCGGUGGCGCGGGCGGUCCGGGAGCAGGCGGGGUCAUGGGCUGCACCGAGGCCCGGCGGCGCUGCGACCGCGACAGCAGCUGCAACCUGGCCCUCAGCCGUUACCUGACCUACUGCGGUAAGCUCUUCAACGGGCUGCGCUGCACGGAAGAGUGCCGCACGGUCAUCGAGGACAUGCUGACCGUGCCUAAAGCUGCCUUGCUCAACGACUGCGUGUGCGACGGCCUCGAGCGGCCCAUCUGCGAGUCGGUCAAGGAGAACAUGGCCCGCCUAUGCUUCGGCGCCGAGAUGGGCAACGGUCAGGGCAGCAGCGGCUCGGACGGGGGCUUGGACGAUUACUACGAGGAGGAUUAUGACGACGAGCAGCGGCCCGGGGUCGCGGGCGGCGAGCAGCCACUGGACGAUGACGAAGGCGUCCUUCGCCCGGGCGGCGGCGCUGUGGCGGCAGGCGGCCACGGCGACUUUCCCUAUGGGUCCGGGCGCCGGAGCAGUGGCGGCCUCGCCGCGCCCCGAAGCGCCUGGACCCCGCUCGCCUCCAUUUUGCUGUUGCUCCGGUCCUUCUGGUAG